AUGUAUUCUGACAAUGGGUCAAAUUUUACUGGAACAGCACGAGCCCUUCAAUCAUUGAAUUGGGAGGAAAUACAAUCUGAAUGUGCCUUGCAAAACAUCAAAUGGCAUUUUAGCCCACCCACCGCGCCAUGGUACGGUGGUUGGUGGGAGAGAAUGGUACGUAGUAUUAAACAAAUUUUACGAAAGUGCUUGGGAAAGGCUUGCGUGACAUACGAAGAGAUGCUCACUGUGUUGUGCGAAGCAGAAAGUGUCAUUAAUGAGAGACCACUCACCUAUAUCUCGGACGAUCCGAAUGAAAUGACACCUGUAACUCCAGCUCAUUUCAUACAAGACAUAAGAGGAUCAGAAACACAUGACUUGGACAUCCUUGACUCCCAGCAUUUAUUAAAAAGAGUGCGUUAUGUGCAAAGUUUGCGCGAUAAUUUUCGAAAACGCUUCCAGAAGGAAUAUUUAGGUGAACUUGUACGCAAUCCAAAAUCUAGAUCAAAACAGCAGGAAAUUUCGGUGGGAGAAAUAGUUCUCAUAGGGUGUGAGGACACUAAGAGAUUGAACUGGCCAUUAGGUCGUGUUGUUGAACUGUAUCCUGGCAGGGAUGGUAUCCAAAGAAUUGCCAAACUACGAGUUGCUAAUGGCUACCUCGUUAGACCUUUGCAGAGGUUGUAUCCUCUCGAAAUGUCAAUCAGUGAUUUGCCAUCAGACCUAGCAGCAAAUGGAAAGGAGGUAGCAGCUAAUAUCGAUUCUGGAUACUUGGAGUCCACAGCAGUUCCUAUUCCAAAAACCCUCAACCCUGACAUUGAGAUUUUCAUUCCCAUGACCGAGGUACCUCAGCCAGUGAAACAAACCCGCAGUGGUCGACGAAUAGUCCCUCCACAACGUUUGGACUUGUAG